AUGUAUGCUAUCAUAUGCUACGGAGGAUCUCCCGGGAUCAUGUAUACAGAGGGUAAUGCGGAUGGGGUGAAGCGAUGGGUUGACUCUGUGCACGUGAAGAGCGAGGUCAAGGCGCCCUCGUUCAAAGGCUGCCAGUACCUCGUGAACGGCGAGAUCAAGACGUUCACGAAGACCAUCGAGCCCAUUGCUACCGCCAUUUAUCCCGGUGACGAACGGGUUAAGAUCUCAGAGUUUGCGAGGUGCGACAAAGACAUCGCUCUCGCGGCGCUUGCGGCUGCCCAUGCCGCUUGGGACAAAAGCAGGGGGCAAGUGGCCAAACUCGACGAUCCAGGAGCGCAUUACACGGCAGCGAGGGAGGAGAUGGCAGAGCUGCCCAUGUGGGACACCUGUAAGUCGAGGCAGGAUGCGGCGGAUGAGAUUGACCGGACUACUGGUUUCAUCGAGGACACCAUCAACGUGGCGAUCAAGCUCUACAAUUCCGAGACCAAAUUCGAGAUCAGCUCCGGCGUCGCCACGCAGAUCCGGCACAUGCCCGUGGGGUUCGUGCUCGCGUCGGGUCCCUUCAACUACCCGAUGAACGAGUGUUACACGACGUUCAUCCCCGCGCUCAUGGCGGGGAACACCGUUACCCUCCGCAUCCAGCGCAACGGUGCGUCGCCGCACUUCCCGACGCUGCGCAUGUUCCAGAAGCACUUCCCGUCCAGCGCGAUCAAUAUCUUCUCGGGCUCGGGUCGCGAAAUUAUGACGCCGCUCAUGCAGAGCGGCGGCAUCGACUACCUCGCGUUCAUCGGCCGCUCGAGCAGUGCGAGCGCCCUGAUCAAGACGCACCCCGAGCCGCACCGCUUGCAUAGCUUGCUGCAAAUGGAUUCAAAGUACUGCGCGAUCCUACUGGAGGACUCGGAUAUGGAGGCGGCGAAGCAGUGCGCGAGCGGUGCUUUCUCUCUGAACGGCCAGCGGUGUACGGCGAUCAAGCUCAUCGGGGUCCCGGAGAACUGUGUGGCAGACUUCGUGCCGAGAUUUGUAGAGGCGGUGGAUGCGCUGAAGAUUGAUAUGCCGUGGGACGCGGACGCGAAAAUUACACCGCUGUGCGAGGACGAGAAGCCGAACGGGCUUGAAGACCUCAUUGAGGGUAGGCAGAAACAUGGCGCGCAUAUUCUGAACAAACACGGCGCGCGGUUCGCGAAGCCGCUCGCUAGCCCUACCGUGGUCGGGCCCUUCGGCCCCAUCGCACCCAUCGCGGUGUACCAGGAUAAUAAGUACGGCCUGCAGAGCGCUGUCUUGGGAUACGAACCCACGGCUCUGGCUCGCGUUGUGGACGCGCUCUCUAUGGCGGAGGGCCGCGUGAACAUCAACAGUCCGGACAAGCGAGGACCGGACGUGUCUCCCUUCACUAGAAAGAAGAAUUCGGCCUUGGGCAUGACAACCGCGAAGGAGGCACUGAAGCGGUCUGCGAUCCCAACUGUCGUUGCGACGACUGUAGGUGAUCAGAGGGAUUUGGCAGCUGUAGAGGGUUUGAUCGAGAGUGGAAAGUGCAACUUCUUCAACAAAAACUUCGUCUUCCCGCCUUCGUCAGGGUAG